AUGAAGUACUCUCUUGCAACCAUCGCCCUGGCGGCAGAGGCUGUCACUGCGUUCCCAUUUGUUGCCAUGCAACCAGGCGUCGACUCCAGUUUGCUCCGUGCUCGUCAACAAUCUGGUGGUGGAAAUCCAGGUGGUCCGGUGACUUGCCCAUACAACCCUCCUUCUAAGCACGUCCCAGCAGCACCUGUCACGGCUCAGUUCCCAUAUAACAACGCCAAAAAUGGACAGAAAGGAAACGAGAAGGGAGGAUACCAAGUUCCGGCACCUGGCGAUACCGCACAUCAGUUCAUCGCUCCCACAUCAUCUGACAUCCGUGGGCCGUGCCCAGGGUUGAACGCCGCUGCCAACCACGGCUUUUUGGCCCGCGACGGAAUUGUCACCUUCAAUGAGCUUGUCGAUGCUCAACAGAAUCUGUACAAUGUCGGCUACGAUUUGGCUCAACUCCUGGCUGUUCUCGGCCUGACGCUCGCCGAUGGCGACAUCGUCACCAACAGACUUUCCAUUGGAUGCGAUGCGACAAGCAGAACCUCAUUCAACCCUCUUUUGACCGGCCCACAACCUGGUCUCAACGGCCACAAUAAGUUUGAGGCUGACACUUCCCUCACCAGGAACGAUUUCUUCCCAACUGGCAACAACUACGAGUUCAAUGGCACCCUCUUUGCCAUGAUGACCGAGACCACUGGUGGUCUUUAUAACCGUGACAACCUUGCGAAGUACCGUUUCGAGCGAUAUCAACAAUCUCUCCGUGACAACAAGAACUUUUACUUCGGCCCCCUAUCUCUCCUCCUUUACGGAGCUUCGUCGUUCUUGUACGAGUUGAUGCCCUCAGGACCAGACUACAUCCCAGACAAGGCCACCAUCUCAUCAUUCUUCGGUGCUCAAGACAAUGGUGACGGAACAUAUUCCUUCAACAACGCGGAGAAGAUUCCCGACAACUGGUACAACCGUGUUGAGCCCUACUCCAACUCAGAUGUCACUACUGAGAUCCUUGCUCAAUACCUCGAAUACCCAGUACUGUUCGGUGGUGCCACCGGUAAUGGAGGAUUCAACCUCAUCAACUUCAACGGCAUCAAGGAUGGCAAGCUCAUUGCUACCCCUGAUACGCCAACCGCAACUUGUCUUCUGUACCAACUUGCUACUGAGCGUGUUCCAUCGUCGUUGAACGGUAUCAUCACUCCUACUGUUGAGACUCUCUCAUUCGUCUUGGGCAAGCUCUCCCCAGCAAUGAAGAAUCUUGGUUGCCCAAUUCCCCUGACAUAA